UUUCUAUCCAUAAAAGAACAAACAAACCCACAUGGAAAGCAAAACUAACAGCCGGCCAACGGGUUGGGGUCCAACACUAGUACAAGUAGAGGAUCAGUGUGGAGUCGUAAAGGGGAAUCUGAGAUCUGCCAGUUGUUCGGUCACUCCACUAAUCUCCUCGUUGAUGUCGCUGUGGACGCCUUUAAUCGUCCAUUGGUGUUCUCGGUGCUGAUUGCAAAUCCGUCGGUAGCCGCGUCCCCGCCGUUUCCCCCAUCCGGCUUCCCGCUCUUCUCAUCUCGCCGGUCUACUGGCUCCCGCUGCCGAGCUCACUCAUACUUCGAUUUGCAUGUCAGUGGUGCGUACUGCGUAGGUAGCUCGAACGUAGCCAUGGAUUGGGAUCCGGAAAACAAUAAACUCAGCCCCAAGCUGGUGAACGUGGGGCUCCUGAUCGUGGCAACUGUGCUGCUGGCCAAAGUGGUGUCUGCAUUGUUCAUGAGCCGAUCUGGGAAGCGGAGGCUACCCCCAAGGGUGAAGCAGGGGAUACCAGUGGUUGGUGGGCUGUUGAGGUUCCUAAAGGGUCCCAUUGUGAUGCUGAGGGAGGAGUACCCCAAGCUGGGAAGCGUCUUCACCUUGAAUCUUGUCAACAGGAACAUCACCUUCCUCAUUGGCCCGGAGGUCUCUGCCCACUUCUUCAAGGCCCCUGAAGCUGACCUCAGCCAGCAGGAGGUCUACCAGUUCAAUGUCCCGACUUUUGGCCCUGGUGUUGUCUUCGACGUCGAUUACUCCAUCCGCCAGGAGCAGUUCCGCUUCUUCACCGAGUCCCUUCGUGUCAACAAGCUCAAGGGCUAUGUUGAUAUGAUGGUUACAGAAGCGCAGGAUUACUUCUCCAAGUGGGGAGACAGCGGAGAGGUGGAUUUGAAAUACGAGCUUGAGCAUCUUAUCAUCCUGACAGCAAGCAGGUGCCUACUUGGCCGAGAAGUCCGUGACAAGCUCUUUGAUGAUGUCUCUGCACUAUUCCACGAUCUCGACAAUGGGAUGCUUCCAAUCAGCGUCCUAUUCCCUUACCUCCCCAUCCCAGCUCACCGACGCCGUGACCUUGCUCGCAAGAAGCUCGCCCAGAUCUUCGCCAGCAUUAUCAAUUCACGGAAGAAAACUGGUAGCUCGGAGAACGACAUGCUGCAAUGCUUUAUCGACUCCAAGUACAAAGAUGGUCGCCCGACAACUGAAGGCGAGGUCACAGGCUUGCUCAUUGCGGCUCUUUUCGCCGGGCAGCACACUAGCUCUAUCACAUCCACUUGGACCGGGGCCUACCUCCUACGUCACAAGGAGGAGUAUCUUUCUAGCGUUGUGGAGGAGCAGAAGCAGCUGCUGAGGAAGCAUGGUAACAGAGUGGAUCAUGACGUACUGUCUGAAAUGGAUGUGCUGUACAGGUGCAUCAAGGAAGCUCUGAGGUUGCACCCUCCAUUGAUAAUGUUGAUGCGCCAAUCACACAGCGAUUUCAGCGUGACCACACAAGAAGGGAAGGAGUAUGACAUCCCUAAGGGGCACAUCGUGGCUACUUCUCCUGCGUUUGCUAACCGGCUUCCACACAUCUUCACCGAGCCAGAUAAGUACGAUCCUGACAGGUUUGCUCCCGGAAGGGAAGAGGAUAAGGCGGCAGGGGCUUUCUCCUACAUAUCUUUUGGUGGGGGUAGGCAUGGCUGCCUCGGGGAGCCCUUUGCAUACUUGCAGAUAAAGGCCAUAUGGAGCCAUCUGCUGAGGAACUUCGAGCUGGAGCUUGUUUCUCCCUUCCCAGAAAUCGACUGGAAUGCAAUGGUUGUGGGUGUUAAAGGAAGCGUGAUGGUGCGUUACAAGCGCCGACAACUUGUAGUUGAUUAGCGUGCUGAGGACUUGAAGUCGAUUAGGCAGAUGGGAGCUAGAGAGACUUGCUCUUUGUGUGGCUUGGUUAGUUAUUUGUUGCUUGCUCGUCCUAGCUUUAUCCUGUGGUUUUUUUUACAUCAGACACUACUGUUAUUCUGAUGAUGGGUCACUCUGAGUAGUUUCGUAUGACAACCCAUCAGUUGUUCCUUCCAAAAGAUGUUAGUUUCAGACCAUCUUUGUCAUCACUCAUCAGAAACUACUGUUUUUGCAAGUAAUUAGUUGUCACUUUAAAAGGUUUUCACCAGAAAAAAGGACAAUUUGCGUGAAGCUUUCUGUUCUUUUGAGCCUUCACGCGAGUCUUGUAGUUUAGGUAAGAGAAGAGAUUCAAGAUACCACAUUGCAAAGAAUAAGCGCUAUGCAUGCAUAAUAGGAACAUUCUUACUCUUGG